CGCGCGGCGGCCGCGGGCUGACGUGGCGGGGUGGAUGUGUGGGCCCGCUGGGCGGCCGACUCAACUGACCUGAGGCAGUGGCGGCCGGACCCAGGCGGGCCGAGGGGCGCAGGAGCACGAGCGGCCGCGAUGCCGCUGGAGCUGGAGCUGUGUCCCGGGCGCUGGGUGGGCGGACAGCACCCGUGCUUUAUCAUUGCCGAGAUCGGCCAGAACCAUCAAGGCGACCUGGACGUGGCCAAGCGUAUGAUCCGCGUGGCCAAGGAGUGUGGAGCUGAUUGUGCCAAGUUCCAGAAGAGUGAGCUGGAGUACAAGUUUAAUCGGAAAGCCUUGGAGAGGCCGUAUGCUUCGAAGCAUUCCUGGGGUAAGACGUAUGGGGAACACAAGCGCCACCUGGAAUUCAGCCAUGCGCAGUACAAGGAGCUGCAGAGGUAUGCUGAGGAGGUUGGCAUCUUCUUCACUGCCUCUGGCAUGGAUGAGAUGGCAGUUGAGUUUCUGCAUGAGCUGAAUGUUCCAUUUUUCAAAGUUGGAUCUGGGGACACUAACAAUUUUCCUUACCUGGAAAAGACAGCCAAAAAAGGCCGCCCCAUGGUGAUCUCCAGCGGGAUGCAGUCAAUGGACACCAUGAAGCAAGUCUAUCAGAUUGUGAAGCCCCUCAACCCCAAUUUCUGCUUCCUCCAGUGCACCAGUGCAUACCCACUCCUGCCUGAGGAUGUCAACCUGCGCAUCAUCUCGGAGUAUCAGAAGGUCUUUCCUGACAUUCCCAUAGGGUAUUCUGGGCAUGAAACAGGCAUAGCCAUAUCUGUGGCCGCGGUGGCUUUGGGGGCCAAGGUUUUGGAGCGUCAUAUAACUUUGGACAAGACCUGGAAGGGUAGUGACCACUCGGCCUCACUGGAGCCUGGAGAGCUGGCUGAGCUGGUGCAGUCCGUGCGCCUUGUGGAAAGGGCCAUGGGCUCCCCGACCAAGCAGCUGCUGCCCUGUGAGAUGGCCUGCAAUGAAAAGCUGGGCAAAUCUGUGGUGGCCAAAGUGAAAAUUCCAGAAGGCACCAUUCUGACAUUGGACAUGCUCACUGUGAAGGUGGGUGAGCCCAAAGGCUACCCUCCUGAAGACAUCUUUAGUCUGGUGGGCAAGAAGGUCCUGGUCACUGUCGAAGAAGACGACACCAUCAUAGAAGAAUCAGUAGAAAAUCAUGGCAAAAAAAUCAAGUCUUAAAAUAAAGUGCUAUUCUCUGGAUUCUGAA